CCACCUGUUGCAUCUUAAUCAAAGAGGUUAUUUGCAGCGAUCAGAUGAGAAUUAGCAUGUGCAGUUCUAGUUUGAGCACCAGCUCAAAUACAAAUGAUCAGAUAAUGUCUUUGAAAUGACAAACGCCUGUCAGUUUUGCCACAGGUUGGUUUGUUUUUCAAGCCUACUUCUGCACCAGCUCCAGUUUUCACCCUGAGGGUUAAUCCCCUCUUUUCUCAGCAAGAUGUCUAUGAGAACCCUCCCUCUGGUUUUCAUUAACCUUGGUGGAGAAAUGCUUUACAUUCUGGACCAACGGCUGCAGGCCCAGAACACGUCUGAGGAUAAUUCGGAGAAAGGCAUGUGGUCAGAGAAUGACAGAAAAAGAGUCAUGAAUGACAUCGUUGGGACCAUGUUUAGUAAAAGCUUUAUGGAUGAACUUCUCAAACCUCAGCAGCUGUAUUCUCACAGGACGAUGAAAACAGUGCUGACCCGGUUAGCACACACCUCCAUCAUGAGGCUGAACCCAGCCAGUAUGGACAGGCUCUAUGAACUGAUGGUCAUGGCUUUCAAAUAUCAAGUUUUUCUUUGUCCGCGCCCCAAAGACUUGCUGCUCAUCUCCUACAAUCACAUAGAUACCAUCAGGGAGUUUGUGAAAGACACUCCUGCGGUAUUGAACCAGGUGGAGGAGACACACAGGAAGAUCAUUGAGGUCUACUCAUCUUUGUCAGAGGGUGAAUUCCAACUUCUCAGACAAACAUUGCUCAUAUUUUUUCAAGACCUGCAUGUUCGAGUAUCACUUUUCCUGAAAAACAAGGUCCAGAAUCCAAAUGGACGCUUUGCACUGGGGACAUCAGGCCCAGUGCCUUACAAGACAGAUGUUCCUGGGUUAAUCAGGGCGUUCGACAGAAAGGGGAGAGAAGUGAGACGGCAUGAGUUUCCUACAGGAGGAAGUUACAGCAGCCCCCUCAGAGUGGGGAGUUUUGACCUGCAUGGAGACCGAGUCAUCAGACUGGGUUUAAACAUAUACAGCAUGAACCAUCUAGAGGAGACGCACACAUCCAAAGCACCCACAGUGAAGCAGACAGAUAACACUCCCAACCUCCUGGCUAAAGAGGAACUGAACCUGUUGGCCCGUCUGAUGGGCAGCAUGAAGGCCGAGCACACGCCCAACACUGAAACUGUCUUCAGGAUCAACCUGUUCACAACAGAUGCAGAGGAGGAGGAGGCGGGAGCAUCUGGUGGAACUGAGGAGUCCUUGUUUGGAGUCAUAAAUAUUCAAGCAAUGCAGGAUGAACAGGCUGCCACAGAGCUGGCUCGUAUUGCUGGACAGUUUAUGGAACAGGAUGAACCGGUUGAAAAUCCCAGCAGCAGCAAAGGAGACGACCUGUUGGCCAUGAUGGAUGACCUAAGUUAAUCACAGUCAAAAUGUAAUUAAAUUAUAGGAGUUCAUGUUGGAUUGUAAGAAAUUUCUGUCGUGGCUCAAACCAGAAUCUUAUAGCUCAGGCCAAAAAAGUAUGAUUUCACACUUUAUUUAACCUUACCAUCGUUUCACAUCUGUCACUGUGAACAUCACUUUAAUAUGCAGUUUGCAGUGUAUUCACUUCAUCAGCUUGUAGCUAAACUUAGAUGUAACAAAUAUCCAAAGAAUCAGAGCUCCAUUUGACAAAAUGCUUUUACUUAACUGUCAUUAAAAUGACAGACACAUAAAUGGACUACACAAUGUAUGAUCUGCAGUAUUAAAGGAAUGUAUUUUCUAUUUAACAGUUAAAUGUUGUCAAUAAAGAUGAUGUUUAUAUUCUCA